CCCUGCUCCCACCCCUGCAGUUUCUACCCUCGCAUCGUGGAGAAGAUGUUUGUGGCGACCAUGGAGGAGCCCUCGAUGCUGCGCUACAGCAUCGCCUUCCCUCUGCUCUGCAGCCACUUCUCCCGCUGCGUCCACCCCAUGUGCCCGGAGGAGCACCCCCAGCUCCAGGCCGUGGCGCUGGGGCUGUGCAACAAGUUCCUGGAGGAGAUGGCCCGGCAGGCCAGCAGCUGCAUCAUGGACGCCUGCGCCGAGCACCACAACCUCAGCGAGCAGCUGCUUCCCAAGCACUGCGCCUCCACCGUCAGCAAGGCCCGCAACAAGAAGACCCUAAAACACCCCGCCAAGAAGGGGGAGCCCGAGCGGGACAAGCCGGGGGCCGAGAGCCAGAGGAAGGACCGGACCCUGACCACCAAGUGAGAGCAGGGCUGGGGGGGGGGGUGGUGGGC